CAAAAAUACCUCAAAUGUGGAUUUUGGUAUUUAUACGGUCUUCUUCCUUCAUUUCUCUGUUUACCAUCGGUAACACCAUUUGAUUUCAACAAAGGGAUUUGGAGCGACUUUGUUUACGAAUACGAAAAGAAAGACCAAAAGUAAAGCUGCCUUAGGCUUAAAAGUCGUCAAAAUUCCUUUUAGUAGAAUUGAAGAUUCUCAGACUUUUUUCGGUUUUUGAUUCGUUUUUUUUUUCUCUACUCUUUUUUUUUAAAAAAAAAAUCCUUUUCAAAGAGAUAAAAAUUAACUUGUUUAUUUUUCCUCCCUUUAUAUUAAUUUCCUUUCUUCAUAUCACAUUCAGUGCUUUUCAUCCUCUUUAUUUAAUUCCAAUUUCCCUUUGCUUUUUGUUGCUUCAUUGUUAAUUGAUAUGUCGUUGAUUCAGCAGGCCAAAGAAAACCUGGGUAAUUCCUUAAUUAGGUUAGGCGGAAGCUUGAAACAAAAUUCAAAAUCGUUGUUGGAUCCUGAAAAGGAUGCUUCUGCUGUUGAGCUUUUCCAAAGAGGAGCCUCCAAAAUGAGUAGCACGACUAUGGGUGGAAUGUCGAAUAUGACGAACUCCACUACUUCUAGCUCUUCUACUGCUUCUUCCACCGGUGCUUCCUGUAAAACCUCCAUGUAUUGGAACUGGUACACAAUUGAUGCUUGCUUUAUCAGCAAACACUGGCAUAUACGUAGCAAGAGUAUGUUUGUUGGAAGUAUUUUUGGUAUCAUUUUUAUGAUGAUGGCUCUGGAACUCAUUCGUCGCUUACACCGUGAAUUCGACCGUUGGUGUAUUCGACAUUCUCGAGAUCAGCUUAACUCUUCAUGCCCUCAUUCUCCUGAAAGCUCCUUCGUCGCUUCUUCUCCUAGCGGCUUUAGCUGGUUCACCCGUGUAUGUCUUCACUUUAUACGCUCCUGCUUCUACAUUGUCCAAUUCAUAGUUACUUAUAUUGCCAUGCUUUUGGCUAUGUACUACAAUGGCUAUGUUAUAUUGUUUCUUUUUUGCGGUACCUUUUUGGGGUAUUUUCUGUUUGCCGCGGACACUGUCAGUACCAAAUACCCAGUCUCAAGGUCUCAAAUUAACAAAGUGGUCCAUGUCGCCGAUGAAAAGGAUCUGGGCUUAAAAACGGAUAGCCACCCUUCUGAUGCCUAACCGGGCUUUCCAAAAAUUAUUGAUAAUUCCUUGCAUUGUUCGUUCUUUAAAAUUUAGUUGUUUAUUAGUUUAUGAUAUAUACUUAGAAUCAAUUUAGGUAUUCAUUGAGUCAUCCAA